CUGCAUUCCCACCUAGCAAGCUAUCUUUCUCCGCAUACAGAAAUGGGAAAGCUUGAUAAUUAUUGUGGCAAUGCAAAGCAAUCAGUUUUCUUCAUUUGUAUCCUCGUCUCAGUUGGACUGCUGGCUGUGGCUCCAAGGGAUGCAGAAGGGUACAUUGGAGCGUGCGCGAAAGAGCUGAAUCCGGACAGUUGCAUAGUGCCAGCAUGCCAAGCAGAGUGCUUCACCACUCACAAGGGUUGGGGGCACUGUGCACUCUCGUCUCUCGAUGGUAUCUUCCACUGCGUUUGCUACUACCCUUGCACUCACGGCCCCUGAUCAUUCUCUCCUUAUUUUCUCUACUAUCCUGAUCUCUCUCUCUCAAUAUACCCAUGAUGGCUGUGAACAUCAUCCCACUAAGAACUAAAUAAAUCAAAUAAUAAAGAUAUGCACUUGUCAGGACUUCCCUUUUGUUUUCUCCUUUCAUUAGAAUGGCCUUCUGUUGAUGAACCUGCUUGUUCCUGACAUCAAGAACUGAGAAAAACAGUAAGAAAACAAAAUGGAAGCCCACAUACAAACUAUGAGAUUAAAGGAUUCGAUUCGCA